AUGAGCGCUGAUGGUAGCGCCGAUCCCAACUUUCCAACAGGUCUUCGCAUCCAACCUAGUAGCUUGCAUCGCAAUGCCGCACACAAGUACCCUCGACCAUAUCAGCAGAAGGAAGUGGACGGCUCAGCAGCCGCUCACGGUAGCGAACAAAUAACAUCAUGGGAGCAAGACACCGCAAAAGACAUCGAUGACUACGGAAUCGCAGGAAGAAUCUGGGAAGCUGCUUACUUGCUAGCACGCUAUCUUCGACCUGCAAACCAACAACCGGGUCAAUUAGAAUUCGAUCCUCCCUGCUCACUAUUUUCGGAGGCAGGACCCAGCUCAAAGCCUCUGACAGUAGUCGAACUGGGGUCUGGCGCCGGAUAUGGGUCUCUACACCUCGCUCGUCAGAUAGUGCAGCAUGCUAAAACAGCAACAAUCAAGCCGCCUCAAGUGAGGUUGGUUCUGACAGAUCUGGAAAACGUAGUCCCUCUCAUGGAGCGCAAUGUCGAACGCGCCGGUUACAAACAGUCUACCGAAGUGAUUGACGUCAGCAUACGAGGCCUUGCAUGGGGCAACGAAGAACACGCUUCGCGGCUGCUUUCGGAGCUCUCUCACAGUGCAUCAAAAGCGUCGAACAACCCACUCACCCACAUUCUGUGCUCGGAUCUCGUCUACUUUCCGGAAUUGCUCCCGCCAUUGUUGCGAUCUAUCAUCUCGCUAUCUAGCGAUGGACUGUCUAACGCCGAUACGCAAUCUUCUGAAGGCAAAGGACCAGAGCUGAUCAUCUCAUACCAAAUCCGUUCGUUGACCAAAGAACAGCCCUUCUGGUCCGCACUCGGUUCCUGGUUCGACUUUCAAGCCGUCGACUGCCGGCCGAUACUGCGCAAACAGACAGAAUCGGACUCUGUCGAUGUUACAGCGGAUUCAGAAUGGCAUCGCUUCGGAUCACAAGGAGAGGACCAUGGUGCAUCAGCUGAUGCGGAUCAAGAGCUGUUUGUCUUUGUUGGAUACAGACGCGAGGAAACGUUCGGCUUUUUGGCACCAGAGAGUGACGCCGACCUGAUGCAGGGGAACAGGCUAAGGCCACGGCAAGGGCAAGGAGAGAAUGGCGAGGAUCAAUACGAACUCGAGUCGCCGACGUCCGGGACUGACUACUUCGAAUGGCUGUUGUUGUCCAACAUGGGUGUUGGAAUGGGCUGA